AUGCCCCGCGUCCCCACCAUCAAAGAAGUCCUCCCGGGCGCAAACGUGAACAUAAUCCUGAAAGCUGACCAGCCGACCGGCCGCACCGUCUCCGGGACCAUUGCCGACGUGCUGACCCGGGGCAAUCACCCGCGGGGCAUCAAGGUGCGGCUCACGGAUGGGCGGGUGGGGAGGGUGCAGUCCAUGAGCUCGGGCAUAGGGGGUCAGUCAGCAGACCCUGCUUCAGCUACUGAAUUUGCUUCCACGGCUGGGUUCUCCUGGGGAAGAGCUUCCCGGGAUAGGCGGACGGAGGCAGACGAGCCACCGCGGAAUAUUGGGCUGGAUGCUUAUAUCACAACGCCUUCGCGGCAGAAACGACGGAGUGGGAGGGGGGAGGGUGCUGGAGUUGGGGGGCUGGAUGGUGAUGCGGUUGCGGUUGCGGCGGCGGCGGCGGCGGCGGCACCGGUGGUGACUUGUCCGGUUUGUGGGGGUUUCGAGGGGGAUGAGGCGGCUGUUGCGUAUCAUGUUGCUUCGCAUUUUGCGGAUUGA